AUGACAGAUAUUCAUUAUGUACCGGGGGGGGGGGAUAUAAGGGGAUAUACUCCCCAUGCAAGCAGCCAGGGAACCAGUUCCAUGCAGCCUGUCAGACCGUUGGAGCAGCUUGACCCCGCCCGCGACGUGAAGAUCGAAGUCGCCUGCCAUGAGAGCUACGAAUGGGAAAUGCGGCAGGUACUUGCGGCUACACCACAGGAUAUCGAGUAUCUUCGAGGUAAGGGUUUCCCGGUAGCCGCUUGUUGA